UUGGCGUGCAGCUGUUGUAUUAUAGCCCUGAAAGUGUCUAAUAAACCUGGCUUGCUGGAAAUGAAGCGGCGAUCUGUAUCAGAGCCGGGAGAAUAAUUCACCUCAGAAGCCGGGAUGUCUGGAUAAUCUCUUUACUGAAGACGUGUCAGGUCCAGAAAUACAAAUGACGCUUCAGAUGACAGAACAGCAGAAACUUGUGAGGAGAUUUAUCAAAACCUGUGCAGAGGAGACGUUACCCAGUCGCCCAUAGCAACCAAUCAGAUCGCUUCUUUCAUUUUUGAAAAGGCCUCUAGAAACUGAAAGAAGCGAUGUGAUUGGUUGCUAUGGGCGACUGGUCAACUUCUCCUCUAAGAUAAAUCUCCCCCUUGGUUUACACUUAUACAGAAGGAGCUUGGUGAGUGGGUACCCCGGGCUGUAUACAAUUAUCUGGGCACUCUGCUGACGAGGCUCCAGUACUGGGCACCUCUGAUGUCUAUACAGGGGCCGUGUAUACCUGAAGACCCUCUCUACCUCACCCGCUGAGCUAGACACCACUGACCUGAGGGCGUCCAUCAGGGACCCAAGACACUCGUCCAUCACAGGGACAGAUACGGCCCUGAGGAUUCCCGAACCUUCACCCACUUACUACAGGGAUCUAGUCCUAAAGUCCCUUCAGUUAUGGCUCCAUCUCAGCAGAGGGAAUCAUCAGUCAGGUUGUAGCUGAAUCUGGAUCUGGUGGGUAAAGGUUUCUCCAAUCCAGGAUCCUCUGCUGAUAUCUUCUCUAUAAGAGAAUUCUCCUGGAUGACCCAUCAACCAUGGAGAGAGACAGGAACAAGAUGGCCGACAGGAUCAUAAACCUCACCCUACAGAUAGUCUUCCGGCUUACUGGAGAGGAUUACACAGUAGUGAAGAAGUCCUCUAGUGGGCGCUGUCUGGCCCCUAUGUGUGAAGGAUGGGGAAGAACCCUGAGCCCAAUCCCGAGGCCCCCACCUCACUCCCUGAUACAUGAGGAAAUGGAUGAACAGAAGAUCCUAGAACUCAUCAACAAGAUGAUGGAGCUGCUGACUGGAGAGGGAGAAGAUCCGAACAUUAUUAAUGCUCCAGAGACAGAUGUGAGCGGUGAUGAGCAGUAUACGGAGAACAUUCCUACAGGGAACGAUCUGAUCUAUAUUAAUGCUACAGACAUAAAGAAAGAAAAAGAGACAGAUGUGAGCAGUGAUGAGCAGUAUAAGGAGGACAUUCCUUCUGGGAAAGAUCUGAACUAUCUUAAUACUACAGACAUAAAGAAAGAAGAAAAAGAGACAGAUGUGAGCGAUGAUGAGCAGUAUAUGGAGGACAUUCCUACAGGUAACCAUCCAGAUUCUUGUAGCAGGAGAUCAGAGGAGAAUCUUAUAUCUUCAGAUUAUAAAGCAGAUGAUGAUAUCACACAAGAUACAUAUGAAGAACAUUCCAUUAUCCCAGAUACACCCUCAGCCCUUCACAGCCAAGAUCUGUCAUCUCAUCCUUAUAUACAGGUCCUGUCUUCUCAUUCAUCACAGGAUGUUCAGGAAAACAAAAGUCACAGAAGGGGUGUUGGACAUCUAAGAUAUUGUGAAAGGGAAAAGCAAUAUUCAUGUUCAGAAUGUGAGAAAUGUUUUUUUCACCAUGCAUGGCUUGUUAAACACAGAAGAACUCACACAGGGGAAAAGCCAUUUUCAUGUUCAGAAUGUGGAAAAUGUUUUAGUCAGCACUCAAAUCUUGUUCAUCAUAAAAGAACUCACAAAGGGGAGAAACCAUUUCUAUGUAUGGAAUGUGGAAAAUGUUUUGCUGAGAAAUCAAAUCUUGUUCAACACAAAAGAAUUCACACAGGAGAGAAGCCAUUUUCAUGCUCAGAAUGUGGGAAAUGUUUUACUGAGAAAUCAAGUCUUGUUAAACAUCAAAGAACUCACACAGGAGAGAAGCCAUUUUCUUGCUCAGAAUGUGGGAAAUGUUUUACUCAGAAAUCAAAUCUUGUUCAACACAAAAGAACUCACACAGGAGAGAAGCCAUUUUCAUGCUCAGAAUGUGGGAAAUGUUUUACUGAGAAAUCACAUCUUGUUAAACAUCAAAGAACUCACACAGGAGAGAAGCCAUUUUCAUGUGCAGAAUGUGGAAAAUGUUUCACUGAGAAAUCAAAUCUCGCUAGACAUCAAAGAAAUCAUUUUCGUGUUCAGAAUGUUGAAGUCGUUUUAAUCAGCAAUCAAGACUACACGGUGGAACUCAACAUUACACAUGUUGGACCGCCUGUACAAGCAACACAAAAGAAAAAGCUAAUGGUGUUGAUUGAACUAGGAGGGAUGGAGAGUUCCCAUCUGGCUGGCAGCAGUAAGGAUGUUAUCCUUGAGGAGGAGAACUUGGAUAAAGAGGUAGAGAAAGUGGGACCUGAGGAGGAGGAGGGAGAUUUGGCGAUGGACUCUGUGGAAAAGAUAGGGUACGAGGACCAUGACCAACCUUGGCAGUAUGGGAUGAAGGCAGCACAAGUCGGGCCCACAGCUGAGCUGGAUUACACAGUAGUGAAAAAGUCCUUUAGUGGGCGCUGUCGGGCCCCUGUGUGUGACGGAUGGGGAAGAACCCUGAGCCCAAUCCCGGGGCCCCCACCUCACUCCCUGAUACAUGAGGAAAUGGAUGAACAGAAGAUCCGAGAACUUAUCAACAAGAUGAUGGAGCUGCUGACUGGAGAGGUUCCUAUAAGGUGUCAGGACGUGGCGGUCUAUUUCUCCAUGGAGGAGUGGGAGUAUGUAGAAGGACACAAGGAUCAGUACAAGGAUCAGGUCAUGAUGGAGGAUCAGCAGCCCCUCACAUCACCAGUCAGAUCCAGUAAGAGAACAGCACCAGAGAGGUGUCCCCGUCCUCUUCUUCCACAGGAUGAUCAGGGAGAAGAUCUGAACAAUAUGAAAGCUCCAGAGACACAUGUGAGCGGUGAUGAGCAGUAUAAGGAGGACAUUCCUACAGGGAGAGAUCUGAUCUAUAUUAAUGCUACAGACAUAAAGGAAGAAGAAGAGACAGAUGUGAACAGUAAUGAGCAGUAUAAGGAGGACAUUCCUACAUGGAAAGAUCUGAUCUAUAUUAAUACUAUUGACAUAAAGAAAAAAGAAGAGACAGAUGUGAGCAGUGAUGAGCAGUUUGAGGAGGACAUUCCUACAGGGAAAGAUCUGAUCUAUAUUAAUACUAUAGACAUAAAGAAAAAAGAAGAGACAGAUGUAAGCAGUGAUGCGCAGUAUGAGGAGGACAUUCCUACAGGGAAAGAUCUGAUCUAUAUUAAUGCUACAGACAUAAAGGAAGAUGUAGAGACAGAUGGGAGCAGUGAUGAACAGUAUAAGGAAGACAUUCCUACAUGGAAAGAUCUGAUCUAUAUUAAUCCUAGAGACAUGAAGAACGAAAAAGAGACAGAUGUAAGCAGUGAUGAGCAGUAUAAAGAAGCCAUUCCUACAGGUAACUGCCCAGAUUCUUGUAGCAGGAGAUCAGAGGAGAAUCUUAUAUCUUCAGAUUAUAAAGCAGAUGAUGAUAUCACACAAGAUACAUAUGAAGAACAUUCCAUUAUCCCAGAUACACCCUCAGCCCUUCACAGCCAAGAUCUGUCAUCUCAUCCUUAUAUACAGGUCCUGUCUUCUCAUUUAUCAGAGGAUGUUCAGCACAAUAAGGAGAAGCCAUUCUCAUGCUUAAAAUGUGGAAAAUGUUAUACUAAGAAAUCAAAUCUUGUUAAACAUCAACGAAUUCACACAGGAGAGAAACCAUUUUCAUGUUCAGAAUGUGGGAAAUGUUUCACUGACAAAUCAAAUCUCGCUAAACAUCAAAUAAAUCACACAGAGGAGAAGCCAUUUUCAUGUUCAGAAUGUGGAAAAUGUUUUCUUGACAAAUCAAAUCUUGCUCAACAUCGAAGAACUCACACAGGGGAGAAGCCAUUUUUAUGUUUACAAUGUGGAAAAUGUUUUACUAAGAAAUCAAACCUUGAUCAACAUCGAAGAACUCACACAGGGGAGAAGCCAUUUUUAUGUUCAGAAUGUGGAAAAUGUUUUGCUAAGAAAUCAAAUCUUGUUCAACAUCGAAGAACUCACACAAGGGAGAAGCCAUUUUCAUGUGCUAAAUGCGGGAAAUGUUUUACUGAGAAACCACAACUUGUUCUACAUCAAAGAACUCACACAGGAGAGAAGCCAUUUUCGUGUUCAGAAUGUGGGAAAUGUUUUACUGACAAAUCACAUCUUGUUCAACACCAAAGAACUCACACAGGGGAGAAGCCAUUUUCAUGUUCAGAAUGUGGGAAAUGUUUUACUGAUAAAUCAAAUCUCAUCCAACAUCAAAGAACUCACACAGGAGAGAAACCAUUUUCAUGCGCAGAAUGUGGGAAAUGUUUCAUUCAGAAAUCAAUUCUAGUUCUACAUCAAAGAACUCACACAGGAGAGAAGCCAUUUUCAUGCUCACAAUGUAGGAAAUGUUUUUCUCGGAAAUCAGCUCUCCUUCAGCAUCAAAGAACUCACACAGGAGAGAAGCCAAUUCGGAUCAACAAAUGAAGCAGAUAACACAUCUAUAUAUUAACCAUGUACAUAGGAUAUCUGACAUUUAUACAUAUAUCAUAUACUGCAUCUCCAAACUUGUUACCAAUUGAUAAUAAAAGUUUUCUUUUUAGAACGUAGUCACCGAUCCAGCGAUGUCAUCACUAUAGUUUACAUGGUAGGAGAAGAGUGUUUGUUUGUUUUUUAAGAGUCGAGUCAUGUGCUUAUUAUCACCUCAAGAGCAAGAAAAAUUACAAACGUGUAACACUAAAAAAAAAAAGUGCACAAAGGAUGCGGUCUAUCGCAAAGCUCUUUUCCUACAGGAGAGAGGCCUCCGACAAACCUUAACCUUAGGGCCAAAAGGCAUCUGCAAGGAUUGCCAGGAACCCAGAAGGACCUCGCAGCGAUGCUACUAAGGGGCCACAAAUGCACCUGUUCUCAACCUAGGCAUUAACCAAGGUACCAGCCAAGGAGCCGUAUACUGAUGGCAUCUCGACCGAAGCCAAGAUGCCCGGGGGGUGCAGGGAGGUGAGGAACCUGAUGGUCACACACACCUCCCCUAGACCGCCAGGAGGGACACCCAGAAGGGCAACCGCAUCCUGACAAAUUCUGUGUAUGAAAAAAACACAAAGUGCCACAAUGACAAACAAAAUAAUAAGAGGAUGAUGCAGAUAUACUGCCCGGUCAUCCGGCCGAAUCGAUACAUUUUCUCUGAUCCUAACCGGAAGGCCGGGAUACCAAGGGUGAGUGCCAAAAGGUGAAGAGUUUAAUGGGGCAGAGCUUCAACUCUUUUUUUUUUUUUUUAAGUUAACCCUCAGAACUAAAUCAUAGGCCUCAGCCGGACAGGGAACAGACACUGACCUGUUCGUGGAUUACAAUCUUUCGUCUCUCGCUGGAAACGAGCGCUACCAAGCACCGCUUCUUUGUGGAACCAGGAUUCCACUGUCCUUUUCCUUAUACCAGACGUCCAGGACCAGUUCCUGAGACGAACGGGUGCCCAGCAGCUCUUCCACCACUACCUCCCAGGGAUCUGGGAAAUAAGCUUUCAACGGUGUUGUGUCUGUAACACAACACCCCCAGGUGAGCGCACCAGUCUUUGUUCACCUGUGUAUCUCCUAUACAUACAGAAUCAUGGCACAUUAGUGCGCUCUCUUUUCUGUUUCCUUUUUUUGCAUAUACUCGAGUCUUCGCUGUGAUAUUGUUCAUAGUCCAAGAAUAACUAAACCACCUUCUUCUAUCGGCCGUCCGAAGGCCGAUUUUGUCAUCCUUCUGGAGUUUUUUUUUUAGGGCUCUUCUUUAAUUUCUACUGAGAUUGUCCGGAAAUAUUGGUAAAUUUGUAAAUUUGUUAAAUUCUUCGGAUACCAUCUGUUGGAACACUUCAAUAUUAGGGCCUUGAGACUGUAAAGGAUAACAUUUUAAUGGCGGUCGCAGUUGCUGAUAUUUUAUUCCAUCUUCAGAGGUGAAGGAAUCUAUAUUCAGAUCUGUAUCUCCAGUGUUCUUAGGUUUCUGUAGUGUCGUUGGAGGGUUAGUCUCUAACAAAUCUUUGGAAAUCGAGAUAAAGUUGAAAUGAAUCACUUCUCUUGGGGCAAAAGGAUAAGCCUUUUUUCAAUAGGCUUAUUUCUGCAGGGGUGAGCUUGUAGGAAGAAAUAUUAUAGAUAUAUAUGGAAUUUUCUUUUUCUUUUCCUGAUCCAUUAAAUUUUCAGUGUUUAAUUUUCCUUUUUUUUUUUUGCCACUACGGCAACCUCUUUUUCUUCUCCUUUUUUUCCUUUUUACACUUUGUGGCAGAAACAGAUCUGGAAUCCUCCGUGGUUUGGUCAGGCUCAAAUCUAAACGGCCUGUACCCUGCAUCAUCCUAAACAUCCCGAUCCGCAUCACCCCCCAAUAACUCUGUAUCAUCUGAUUCCAACAACAGGUUCGAGCAGCUAAAAAAACCUACUGGAUAUACAAAAUGUUCACCAUAGCUCCAAAAGGACUUAAUGAGAUUAGUGAGGUGAUUGUCUCAACCCCUUAAUCCUAAUACUAGCUGUAUAAACUGUUUUUAUUGUUCUUAUUGAUUUCUCUGCAAUAUCCAGUUGUGAUUUGUGAAUAAUAUUUCUACAGAUACCAUCCGAUACUUUUAAAGCUAUAUGAGACUGAUUAUACACCACUUACCGUUACUUUGGUUGUUCUUCUGUUUUUUUCUGCUAAGUGAUCGCUGUACUGUCCAUUCCAGCUCUGUUUACUUUGAGUCGGAGUCUCCACCCAUUUUUUCGUGUCAAUCUGACGUAUACAUCACGUAUAGUGUCAAUCUUUACUGGUCAAACCGACCGACGCACCAUGUCAAUUAUACGUAUACUGUCACUGUUUACGGCAGACUCACCUUGUCUACCUGACCAGCAGAGGGCACUUUCCACACUGACCUUCCAUGACACUGGUAACCAUUCAUUAUUCACAUGAUAUCACAUUUAAUAUAUUUUUAUCACCCUGUAUAUUUUAAUAUUGUUCAUUAUCUAAUAUUUAUUAUUUAAUACUUGUAAUUCUGCUAUGGUUUGUUUUAAGUUGGUACUAGUUAUGCACGUAAUCCAGUGUUAUGACCCGGAACUACUUCUAUACUGUGUAAUUGUAUACUGUGUCCAUUCCUUGUACCAGUUUGUAUAUGCCUGACCGGUCCGGUCUCAAAAUGCCUUAUGUGAAGCGUUGUUUUUAUCCUUUUUUAAACAAUGUCGUGCUAUCGACUCUGCCUACUUGAUGGUCCAGCGCUAUAUACCAUGUCCCAAUUUUGAUGACCCCUGUGGUUUAAAUUUACUACAUUACUUAUCUCCGGUACCAGAUCCAUGCACCGGCGGGACCUGUGUGCAGCUGACCAUUUCUCUAUACCGCAUACUAAGGUGUUGUGCUCUUAUCAUAACACUAUCUGGUAAGAGGCACAUUUUUCCCUAUACCACAUUAUUCGUUUAUCUGACGAUCUUCACCAGGUGCGCACCACCUUGUCUUUUUUUCUUUCUCUCUAUUGCAUUGUUAUUUUGUAAUUUGUUUAUGUUUCCAAUAAUUUAUAAAAUUUUUAC